AUGGAGGAAAAGGCGUCAGCUCCCCACAUGGUGGGACAAGGCAAUAACGCGCAGGCGUCUACUUGGUCCUCCAACCUCCAACGAUAUCUCGCCGAGAACGAGGAUCCAGUCUCUGCUAGAUUGGGGUUGCAAGGCAAGAUGCAGAGUGGCAAUGGUGGGAAGGAGAAGAAGGCUUCCAAUCCCGACCUAGCUAGCAUGGGAGCGCAGUUCUGGGGCGAAAGGGGCAACAAGUAG